GAUGCUAUCAAUAAGGCCAGCUUGGUAUCUUUUUCAGUGUUCUCCGUAAAUCUAACACAAUACAUAGAAGUUGACGUUCCUUAUAUUGAGCAAUACAUUAGCUUGUUUUGCAAUUCUAUUUUUUCUUGAUAUUCCGUAUUCUGCAACUACAUGCGCAUGGUUUCUUGUAGUUUAUAAAUUUCAAUUCGUGUAGAGAAAAUAUCUACCUAGCUCCUUGUGAGCGCAUAUCUGGCGCAAAGAUGUGGCUACCUUUUACCUUUUUAUUCCUCUGCAUACUGCAAUUGGCAGCUUGCGCGGAGGACUUCUACCAACUUCUUGGUAUAGACAAGCAAGCUUCAGAAAGAGAUAUCAAGCGCGCAUAUAGGACUUUGAGCAAGAAAUAUCACCCGGAUAAGAACCCAGGAGACGAAACAGCGAAGCAAAAGUUUGUUGAAAUCGCCGAAGCUUAUGAAGCCCUCUCCGUCCCAGAAACCCGCAAAAUAUACGAUCAAUAUGGACACGAAGGACUAAAACAAAGACAACAAGGCGGGCAAGGUGGGGGUCACCACGACCCAUUCGAUCUUUUUUCCAGAUUCUUUGGUGGAGGUGGACAUUUCGGCGGCGGACACGGACAACGAAAAGGUCCCGAUAUGGAAGUGCGAGUAGGAAUACCCCUCCGCGAUUUCUACAAUGGACAUACCACCGAAUUUCAACUCGAGAAACAAAUGAUAUGUGAGGAAUGUGAAGGCUCUGGAUCUGCGGACGGCCAAGUCGAUACAUGUAAUGUAUGCAACGGCCACGGAGUCCAAUUAAAGAAACAUCAACUCGCGCCUGGAAUAUUCCAACAAGUACAGGUAAAGUGCGAUCACUGCGACGGCAAAGGAAAAACAAUCAAGCACAAAUGCCCUGUCUGUUCUGGUUCUCGCGUCAUCCGCAAAGUCCAAACGCAUUCACUAGUGAUUGAACGCGGAGCCCCCAAGGGACAAACAAUAAACUAUGAAAACGAAGCCGACGAAUCUCCCGACUGGGUCGCUGGUGAUCUUCACGUUACUUUAGUUGAGAAGGAAGCGAACCUUGAAGAAGACAACGAAUUAAGAGUCGACGGAACAUUCUUCCGUCGUAAGGGUGACGAUCUUCAUUGGCGCGAAAUACUUUCAUUAAGAGAAGCAUGGAUGGGAUCAUGGACUCGAAACCUUACACAUUUGGACGGACAUAUCGUGCAGCUUUCUCGCGAAAGAGGACAAACUGUUCAACCGGGUCAUGUGGAACAUGUAAAAGGAGAAGGAAUGCCAAAAUGGCAUGAGGACGGAGAUAGUGUUUACCAUGAUACACAAUUCGGAAACCUAAUUGUGGAGUACAUAGUUGUCUUGCCGGACCAGAUGGAGAAGGGCAUGGAGAAGGAUUUCUGGGCUCUAUGGGAGAAGUGGAGGAAGAAGAAUGGAGUAGAUUUGGCAAAGGACAGUGGAAGACCUGAUACGCCAGUUACUGGAGGAGGAAAGGAUGAACUAUGAUGCAUACAUGUAAGAAUGGGGAAGAGAACAUGGAGUCGGAAUUGGAGUUGAAGGAGUCCUGGUGGUCAUCGAAUAAAAGUGAAAGGAGUGGAAACCGAUUGAGCGAGUGAUGCAAUGGAUAUGGAAAUAUGUAAGAAUAUUCCUGAGACACAGGAGCCAAAUUCAGAAGUUCUUUUUGAUGUUACAUCAUUUGCUCUCUUUUUAUCACAUCACAUUAUUUCCAUAUAGAGAAUAAGGAGCGGAAAGGUCAUGUAUCAAUCGAAUAUGCACUCUCAUAGAUUCAUAUUAAGUAGAGACCCACACACAAAAUAGAGAUUUGAGUAAGAGUACA